UCCGGCAGGAAGCGCUUCCCUCCAUAGACCCCGGGAGGCGGCGGUUUUAUCAACUAUUUUGCGCUAUAACGCUUCAAAAGAGGCGUUUCUCCCCAAAAGGGCUGUGGGGGGGUGUACUCACCAUCCCUUUAGGGGGUUAAAAGGCGUUUAGGCGCGGUUUAAGGGCGCGGUUUAGCGCUGGUUGUGGUUGGAGUCCGCUGGCUUGCGGUGGUUUGGUCGCGAAGCGGCAUGAGUUGUGAUAAAUGCCGGUAGCCGGCGCGUGCCGCGGGCGCCAUGGCGGAGCCGUGGGUGGUGAAGGAGGGCUGGCUGCACAAGAGAGGGGAAUACAUCAAGACGUGGCGGCCGCGCUACUUCCUGCUCAAGAGCGACGGCUCCUUCGUGGGGUACAGGGAGCGGCCCGAGACGGCCGAGCACGGGCUGCCCCCCCUCAACAACUUCUCUGUGGCCGAGUGCCAGCUGAUGCGCACGGAGCGCCCGCGCCCCAACACGUUUGUGAUCCGCUGCCUGCAGUGGACGACGGUCAUCGAGAGAACCUUCCACGUCGAGUCCCCCCACCAGCGGUAACGGCCCCGCGGCGCCCCGAAACCCCCCAAAAUCAC